AUGGCGCGCGCAAACUGUGCAGUGCUGCUGUGGCUCCUGGUGGCGGUGAGCGUGAAGCUGGGGCGGCGCCACAUUGCCCACAACGUGGUGGAGCUGAUGGAGAGGCGGCUGGCCAAGGACGACUUCCCCGAGUACUACGACGGCAAGACGGGGCGGUACAUCGAGAAGCAGUCGCGCAAGUUCCAGCCGUGGUUGGUGGCGGGCUACCUGGUGGCCAAGAUGCUCCUGGACGACCCCUCCAACCUCCGUGCCGUCUCCCUGGAGGACGACGGCCACACCUGA